AUGACCCCCCCCAUCAAACGCAGAACAACCUACCUCCAAGACCCCGCCACCCCCUUCGACCCCUCCCAAGCCCGUCUCCUCCCCCAGGCUAUGGAGAUCCGGAAUUUACACAGCGCAAAGCAGGAACGGUGGACCGUGUCCGUUGAGGAGUUGUUGGGCAGUGGUGAUGGUGGUGGGUGGGAUGCCGAGGUCCGGGAGCUCUUGGGCAGUGGUGUGGAGCGGUUGAGUGUGCGGUGGGCUUCGGGGGAUGCUGCUGCUGGCGCGGGGGGUGCUGUCACGCCCUUCGCCAGUCGGGUUUCCGGGGGGUUGCAUGUUUUUUUGAGGCCGGGAAGGGUUUCGGGGCAGAAGGGUGUUGAGGGGGAGGAAGGAGGGGGGAGGAGCGAUGCGGUGUGUCGGGUUUUGAGGAGUGUGUUUGGCUCGGCGGAGGUUAAGAAGUGUCGGGAUUAUGAGAAAUCUUUCACUCGGUCCGGUGCAUCCUCUGAGUACCAGUUCUAUUCGCCUUUGGCGUCGUUGGAGGGGUUGGUGGGUUUCGUUCGGGAGAAGGUUUGUACAGUGGCAGGGAAGGAGGGGGCUGGGGCUGAGGCGGAGCGGUGUCGUCGACAGGCCCGGGAGUUGCUCGCUGCGGACUCGGUGGAUCUCGCCUACGACGCUGAAUCGCGCAAUCUGGUGGUGUCCGCGUUCUGGGCGGAUGCGCCGGGGGGCGAGGGGUGGACGGAGGAUCUCCACGCUCCGGCUGCUGGGUCCAAAGGGAAGAUGGAGGUUGGGUUGCUGGGGGCGGAGAGGACGGCGGACCCUGAGGAGAUCAAGAUGGGUGGGCUGUUGGGGGUGGUUGGGGAGGAUGAGAAGUUGAAGCCGACGUUGUUUUCCUUCGCUUCCAGGCACCAUGCCCUCCCUCGUGAUGCCGUCUUUUCGGUGGGCUUCCCCUUGCCCACGGGCUUACAUCCUACGAUGACCAUUUCCCUAUCGCCCGCCGCGCUGCAACCCCCGGACGCGACCUGUGCCCUGCAUACGUAUCUCACGCUGCCGUCCUACCUCUUCGGCGACAAGUACCAGCUGGGCACCGAGGAUCCGCUGUUCUUGGAUUCGCACCACCUGGUCAAGUUGCAGUCCGUGACGGGCGAGACGGACCUCGAGGCGCCGGACUGGUCCGUGUCUCAGUGGGGUUCGAAUUGGCUGCUCGAGGUGGCUACGCCCCCUGAGGAUCAGACUCCCGAAGAAUGGAACGUGACCAUUCCGCUUCAUUUGCGUUACUUGGCCCCGUCGGAAAGUGGUUAUCGCUCGGUCGAGGUCCCCUGGCCGGUGGUGUUCUGGGCGUGUGCCGCCAGUGAAGAGUCCAAGAUGCAUUUAAACCCCUUCGACCGUGUGGGCCUCGGAUGGGAGAGGCUUUUUGCGCCCCAGACCAUAUUUUACCAGGUGAAUCCAGCUGCAGAACAGGGUCGGCUGGUUGAGGAGAUCAGCGUGCCCGUGCUGAAGGAGAACGGCCUCUUCAACAGCAGGACCAUUGAAUUUGGCACAGUACUCGCCAUUGUCCUAGGUUCGCUUUGGGUGCUGUGGAAACUCGGCGCCGUAAUGCGGAGCUCUGGCGCCCGCACAAGGGUAGAGAGCCAGAAGAAGUCCCAGUGA